AUGCUGUUGCUUCAAGAACUUAGCUCCAAUUACAGGGUUGUUGCUGAUAACAGACUAUGUGAUGGUUCAAUUGCAGAUUCAUGCAGUGGUGGCGACAUCAAUGAGGAACUCGUAAUCGAAUCCGAGUCUCAUCGAAGGGUUCUUUGGGGUAAUAGCAUCAGUUACGGAGCUAUCAGACGCGAUUUACCGGCCUGCGGUGAUAGUUCGGCUGGAUCAGCUAAGCCUUACAGCAUUACUUGUCUUCCUCAAUCGUCAAAUCGAUACACGAGAGGUUGCUCUUCGAUUUACAGCAUUGAUCCAUGUAAUAAGAUUGAGAUUGAUGGAGUGAUCCAGUGA